AUGCGCUCCUCUAAAGUUGGAAUUGCAAGAAUGCCGGAAAAACGAGACAAGCAAACAACCGGGCGCAAACUAUCAACAACCUCAAGAUCUACGGUGCAUUCUUCUGAGAGUCAGCCAUUCGACGCUCCGGAUACAGCCAGUGCACGGAAAAAACUGAAGGAGUACCAACAAAUAUUCAGCAUGUUUGACACUGAUGGAUCUGGCGCCAUAGGAAACGCCGAACUGAAGCAAGCGAUGCUUAGUAUAGGAAUUCACGCGAACGAAGCAGAAAUAGACAACGUAAUAAGAGAGUCACUACUGGAUAAGUACAGUACUUACUCAGAUGAGAUAAAACCAUCAGGAACAGAUGAGGAAAGGUACGAAGAGUAUCUCAGUGCCGCAAAUUUGCUAUCUGGAAGCAUAGAGACAAUCAAAAUGAGCAGAAACGCUCUUCAGGCAUUGAUAGAUAAAUUGCAAAAAGAAUAUGAAGAAGCAAGAUCUAAGGGAAAUAAAAAAGACCUCACAAAUGAAGUUGAGGAGAUUGAAAAUGACACGCAAUUCAAUGAAAGGAUUGCAAAGGCAAACGAAAUGGUAUAUAUACUAAGUGCCAGAGUCACAGAAGCACGGAAUCACAUGGGAAAACUUGCAAGGAAGAUGGGAAUAACUCAUAGAGAGCCCACAAAACAAAAACCUGCAAGAAUAAAUGAAACUCACGCAGAUCAGCAGACCGCAACAGAGUCAACUGCGACUGAGGAAACCGAAGAAGGUUCUUCACAAAAUGACGCCAUUUGGCUCUCGGAAGACAAUUCAAAUUCGGAAAAAAGUAGAGAAGACGAUGAAGAUUUCAUAUGUCGUACUCUCAAACCAAGGCAACUAAGUUUGCCACGAUUCUACGGGGACGAAGAAGAGUUCCCUGAAUUUUGGGCAAUAUAUGAAACGCUCGUUGACCAAAGUAAGGUUUUAAGUACAGUCGAAAAAAUGCUGUUACUUAGAGAUAGCCUCAAAGGGAGAGCAGAAACAGCCAUAAAAGGCAUACAAUUGAUCCCACAAAAUUAUAAGUGGAUGAUUAAUGCUUUGAAAAAGAAAUACGGUAAUAAACCGACUAACAGAGCAAAAAUAGUGCAAAAAUUAAUUAAUUUGCCAGCAGCAAAGAAUGAUGCUGAUAGCUGUAUGAACACGUUCGACAAAAUUCGAAUGCUCAUGAAUCAAAUGGUCUCUGCAGGCCAAAAUAUACCACAAAUGCAAGAUGCGAUGUGGACAGAGAAAAUUUUGGAGAAAUUUCCUUACACUAUAGUGAAAAACGUUCUUGUUACAAUUCAAGAUCAAGAUGAAGUGAAAAUAGAAGAUGUAAUGGAUCAUCUUGAGAAGGAGAUUAAUGCAAAAAAGUUUGUAGACGCACGUUUAAAAGGUCGUGUAAAAUUUGAAAACCAUCCGAACCGAAGACAAUACGGUGUGGAUGUUACAGAACCCCCAAAAUUGGGAAAAAUUUGUCGUUUUUGUGACAACUCAAAUCAUAUAUCAGCGAACUGCCGAACAAUCACUGAUAUCAAAUCAAGGCGAAAUAUGGUGAAAGAAGCCAGACAAUGCUGGAAAUGUUUCUCAGAAGAACACAGCAGUUAUGACUGUCAGAAACCAAAUUGUCCUAAAUGUGGCAAAAUGCACGAUGUAAGCCUUUGCAUUUCCACUUCAAAUGAUGGUACCAGGACAAGAUAUAGCGCUGGUGACCGAUCGCGCAAUCAAAGCUCCUCCAAUACCGUACCAGUUCCAAGAAAUAACACUACUACUCGGAAUCAAUACGGCAAUGGCCGCAAUAAUGGUAACGUCCGCAACAAUCAGCAGACAAAUCCUCAUACAGCUGAUCACAGUACUAACCACUCAGCCGAAGGUUCCGUGUACAUUGACAAAAGAAAAGAGCAAGUAGUCCUGAUGACUGCCGAAGGAAAUGUUUGGAAUAAUAACACCAGACAAUUCGAAAAACUCCUGUUUUUCUUUGACACUGGAGCUCAAAAAACCAUCAUUAGAGAGCAGACCGCAAGGGAAUUUGGUCUUCCAACUCAGAAAACCGAAAUCUGCACAAUGUCAGGUAUAGGUGGACAUACCGAAAAAUAUCAAACAAACAUUGUCCCCCCUCAAAAUCAGCAAUGCCUUUGGCAAGGAGAUCCAUAUGACGAUUCAAACCAAGCCAAUUAUCACCAAUGGCUUUUCGUCUAUAACUAUUACGACCUCGUAAACACAGUUGACACUAUAACUUUGCCAUCUGGAUUACGCAUUGCGCGUACGGUAUUCGGGCCAACGGUACACGGCAAAGGGUCAAUCAAUUCGCAGCAAGAAGCGACAACGAUAACACAUGGCCUCAGCCUCGUUCAAGAACAGAAUGAAUCAGAAAUUCUACAGAAGUUGUUCGAACUAGAUGGUUUAGGAAUAUCAUCAGAAGAAUGUACUAAGAACGAAAACACAUUCGAGUACUUCAAAAGCUAUUCGAAAUCAAUAUCGUUUGAAAACGGCGUUGUAACCGUACCCUUUCCCUUGAAAGAUAAUGUCAUCGACCUAACGGAUAAUUACGGAAUAGCGUACCGUCGAUUGAUUUCGUUACAAAGACAACUAUCAAAUAAUAUCCACCAACGUGAGUGGUAUAACAAAAUAAUGAACGAUUAUAUCCAAAACGGAGUUGUCGAAUUAGUCCACGGACAAAAUAAAAAUUCGGCCGGCACUUACUACAUGCCACAUUCCGGAGUUUGGAAGCCAGAAAAGGCAAAACCAUUGAGGAUAGUAUUUGAUGCUUCCUCUAAGAGAGUCGGACAGCUUUCGCUGAAUGAUGUGAUCUACACAGGAGAAUCCUUCGUGAACAAAAUUCAUGAUGUUCUAGUUGCAAGUAGAACCAGUGGAAUUAUUCUUUUAUGCGAUAUUGAAGCGGCUUUCACGCAAAUCAGACUAGUGGAAGAUCAUAAAGAUUUGUGUCGGUUUUUAUGGCUGAAAGACAUGAAUAAGCCUCCAAAUCGAGACAACAUAGCAGAAUACAGAUUCAAUCGUUUGCCCUUCGGUAACACCUCGGCACCAAGUAUUCUUAACAUGGCCAUUCUGGCAUAUUUAAAUCACAAGAAUACUCCGCUCUCACUGGAGAUUGCAAAACAUAUUUAUGUGGACAAUAUUCUCUUAUGCGCCACCACCAAAGAGGAAGCACUAGAAAAAUAUACUGCUUCAAAGAAUAUUUUCCGUGAAAUCGGCAUGAAUUUACGAGAAUAUAUUUCAAACUCUGCUGAAGUUAACAGAGCUAUCCCAAAAGAGGAUAGAGCGCCCACAGACAACAUAAAACUUCUUGGCGUCAAAUAUGACACCAAAUCGGACGAAUUUGUGAUGAAAGUUACAAUUCCACAAAAAGAAAAACUAACCAAACGCGAUAUUGUAAGCCAAAUAAACUCGAUCUAUGAUCCCGUAGGCCUCGCAAGCCCACUGAUUAUCAAACUGAAGUCUCUAAUGAGAGAAAUUUAUGAUACAGGGAUAGAAUGGAAACAAUACGUUCCGCAAGCGCUGUGUAUUAAAUGGAAUUCUGUAAUACAAGAGAUAAACAAUGCAUGUAUAAGGGUCAGUCGACCAUUGCUACGUUCUCCCACGUCUCACACCUCAAGAAUUUCCUUAUGGGUGUUUUGUGACGCCAGCAAAAUGGCAAUAUCGACAUGCGCAUAUCUGAGGUGCGAAAACACUAAUGAGAUCACUUCAUUGAUUAGUGGAAAGAGCAAGCUAACACCAAAAAAGAUCCAGCAGACUAUACCACGCUUGGAAUUGUUGGCUAUCUUAAUAGGACUGCGAAUGGCGAAAACCAUUCUUGAUUCAAUAAACAUUGAAAUUAUUUCCGUAAAUGUCGCCAGUGAUAGCGAAAUAGCACUUCAGUGGAUAAGGUCUUCACGCAAACUUCCGAUAUUCGUGACUAAUCAGAAGGAUCGCAUUUUGAGAUUGAAGACUCAAAUCGAAGUCAAAUCCAUCCCAGUACAUCUAUUUCAUGUUCCAACACAUCAUAAUCCAGCAGACGUUGGAACUCGAGGCACAACGGCAAGCCUCAUCAGUAAUCAUGAUUGGGUGAGAGGACCCAGAUGGCUAGAGCACGACCAGCAAACUUGGCUUAUUCGAUCCAUAGAUAACCUCAGCUGUGAUCAGUUUUACGAAGAAAUAGAGGACAAUCAACAUGUGAAUGUUGAAACCACAAACGAGUCAGCGGAAUCAUCCCGUUUAAUAAUAGAUCUAGCUCGUUUCUCUCGCUACAAAACAGCUCUUCGAACAUUCUCAGUUGUUGGAAAAUUGCUGAAUGUCAUUGCUGCGGAGGAUAUGGAGAUCUCUGAGAAACUCAUCUUAGCAGCUAUUCACGAAAACAUCAACGUGCAAAAAUUGCAGAAACGAUUCCCAAAUCAGAAGAUUAUCAGAGACGAAAAAGGUAUCAUUCGAUACAAGUCACGCAUUCAGAACGCCAAUUUGCCAUAUGAUGCAAAAAUGCCAAUUUUCAUUCCGAAUUACUCGGAACUAGCCAGGCUAAUCAUUCAUGACCUGCAUUAUGGAAACGCACACUGCGGCAAAGAACAGACAUUAGCGCUGGCAAGACAACGAUUUUGGAUUCCCCAGCCAUCUAGAAUGAUCAAGAAAUAUCUGCGUACAUGCAUUACGUGUAAGAAAUGCCACGGAUUGCCAUAUGGAGCACCAGAGAUGCCACCAUUACCAACAGAUCGGGUAAUAGUAACCAAACCCUUUGCCAAUGUUGGAUGCGACUAUAUGGGACCAUUUGAGUCAAACGUCAAACAGAAAAUGUACGUCUGUUUAUUCACAUGCCUCACUACCAGGGCUGUGCACCUUGAAGUGGUCGAAAAUUUGUCAGCGGGUGCAUUUUUAAGCAGCUUCAUCCGUUUUAUAUCUCGAAGAGGUGUUCCAAAACUCAUCCGAACUGAUUGCGGAACGAAUUUUAAAUUGGGAUCAAAAGUGAUUGAAAAUUUGUUCCUAGAAAAUGAUGAAAAUGGUAGCUCCGUGAUGAGCUACAGUGCCUCAGAAGGCAUAAAGUGGAUUUUCAAUCCACCUGCUUCACCAUGGAUGGGAGGCGCAUGGGAAAGAAUGGUUGGCUCCGUGAAAAGAUGCUUUCAAAAAAGCAUUGGACGUAAAAAAUUGUCAUUUGAACAAAUGACUACAGUAAUUUCAAGAAUUGAAGCGAUAAUUAAUACUCGCCCGUUGACAAAAGUAAGUGCAACGGAUCUUGAUGAAAUACCGAUAAGACCUAUCGAUUUCCUACAAGGAAAUCUAAAGUACUCUAUUCCAAGCACGCAGUUACAGUGCGGUAAUGGCGAUACAGUAUAUGAUCCCGAGUUGCUUCAGACAGUUGCGCAAGCACAGGAAGCAUUAAUGUUUUCGGAAACGAUCGCUACAGUAUUUUGGGAGCGAUGGAACAAAGAGUAUCUUACAUCCUUGAGAGAUAACCAGAGAGUGCUACUAAAACAACCGCGGCAUGUGAAAAAUACACCGCAAAUCGGAGAAAUUGUACUUAUUGAGCAAGAAUUUCUUCCACGUGGUAACUGGAUGUACGGCAAAGUACUAGAAACAGUACCAAGUGCAGAUGGUCUUGUAAGAUCAGCGAAACUCCUUACGCCAAACAAAAGAGUUAUCCAAAGACCACUCAACAAGUUGUAUCCCUUAGAAAUACGUAGUUCUGUGGGAGACUCACAUCUAGAACUCGAAAAAGACUCCACUUCUGAGCGGGAGAUACACCAGAAAGAAAGAGUAGAUUCAGCAGAAUCAUCUUCCCGCAGAACUCGUCCAACUAGACAAUCGAAAACACAUGCCUUGAAAGUCAUCCAAGAAUUUGAAAGAAGUCUUGACCGACCCUCUACUUCUUCAAGUAGACAGGUAUCCACAUAUCUGCUGAUGGCUAUGUUGGCAUUAUCAACUAUAUGUCCAGUGACAGCGACAGCACAUGAGAACAACUCAAUAAAGUGCAACGAAGGAAGAGUAGAAAUAGUGCCUCCUUCAUCAAGAUUUGAGCUUUGCAUCAACGCAAUGUGCAGAAUUAUGUCUAACGUAUCGAAAUCGUAUAUAUUUGAAUUGGAAAAAUCAUCAUUAGAUGAAAAUAGCACGAUUACGUUACGCUCUGAAUGGGAGAGCUCAGUGGUCUUCUCGACUAUGCAGUGCGAACCGCCAGACUUUUGCGAAAAAUCGGCCUUGCUGAUGAGCAAAGAUCUUAUAGGUAAUCCUCACUGUUGGCCACUUGGAGCCAUAAUCACCUUAACAGUGUUAGUUUACCUUUCGAUCAAUAGCAUCAUGUUGAUCAUAUGGUUAAUUAAAUGCACACGAAAUGCAAAACGGAAAGGAACUCCGAAUUCCACAUCCGAAGAAGAAACAAUUCCAAUGAGAACAUUCAAUCCACAUCCGAUCAAUAUACCGUCCGCCUUGUUGAUUUGUGUCACACUCUUGGCACUAGCAAGCAAGGUAAUUACUUGCCAGCAUGGAUAUAUGAGGCAUAGUGUAGAGGUAGUCUGCGAAAAUCGCGGAAAUUGCACUUAUAAUUACAACGAGGAAGUUCUAUUCAAUAGAUUCAACUCCAAUCUUUGUAUUCAGCUUAAUCAUGCUAAUAAAACGAUCGGACUUAUAAAGAUACGUUCAAGACCAAUGAAACUGUCCUGUUCCAAAGUUUCAUUAUUCUUCACUAGAGAGACGAAACUCAAGAUCUACCACACAACGAGAUGCUCACAAAUGGGCUCUUGCACUCAGUCUAAGUGCAGUAGAAUUAGGCUGGACGAAGUAAUUCCUGAGUUCAAAAGAUCAUCUCCAUAUCCAGGAUACUCAAUUUGUGGUAGCACAUGCGGCGGUAUAGCAUGCGGUUGCUUCCUACCAUUUCCAGCAUGUACGUUUCUGAGGAUUGCUCAUGUUCCGAAGAAGACGCAGACUGUCUUUGAAGUAGUAAGUUGCAUGGAAUGGCAACCAGUAAUCCAAAUUGACGUCGAUUUCAUGCUUUAUAAUAAAGGAAAGCUGAAAUCUUUCAGUUUACAACCUUAUGUUACACAAAAGUAUGAUGAACUGUCACUGACAGUCAUUUCUUUGCAAAAACCUCAUUCUCCAUUGAUGGACAAAAGAUUCGCUGUAACCCCAAUGGAGGCUAUGAUGCUACCAGAUCAUUAUCAACUUCCCGUUGAAUGCGAGUCAGAAGCAUCUGCUCUUGAUGCCUUUGUGAACUGCACAAAUCGCAUGAUCUGUUCUUGCGAAAAUAUGAAAGCACCGCAAACAUGUCAGUGUCCACAUGAUUCACUCCAAAAUUUGAGGAAAGAAGUGUCAAAUGUAAUGCCCAUACGCACUCCGUUCACAGAAAUCUUCAGUGAUAGCAAAGAAAUCUAUGCGCUCUCCAAGCAAGGAGAGAUCACUCUCGCAAUAGAAUCCAAUUUGCUUAUUGGCGGCACUGAGUUCAUAAUCAAUCAACCAUGUGAGAUCUCGGUUCGUGGGGUCAAAGGGUGCUACAGCUGUAGCGAAGGCGCAAGAAUCGAUUUCCUUUGCAAGUCAUCAAUAAACUCGUGGGUUACAGUACAGUGCGAGAAUCACGUUUUCCCCAUUGAAUGCGGCCCAACAAAUACUUCCGUGCAAGUUAUUUUAGACUUCGAAUAUUCGGUAGUAUCACAAGUGUGCCACACAUCAUGUGAUGGCAAGAAUGUUACCUUUGAUCUACAGGGAACACUCUUGUACCAUCCAAGAAGCAAGAGAAAUUUGCUCUCGCAGACAGAAGUGCAAGAGCUACAUGCAAAGAAUUCAUUACUUAAUUUUGAUCUGCCUGAUCUAAAUCCACUAAUGAAUACCAUAAAAAUGCACUGGCAUAUAGCCUUUACCGCUUGCGCCACAUUGGCCUUAGCCACUGGUUUGACGUACUUAUUCGGACCCACAAUGGUCUUAAUGAUAGCCAAAAUAACGCGGUCACUAACAGUCAGCAUAAUCAAAUUCGCUUGGAGAAUGGUUUGCUUGGUACUGAACCUAUUUGGCAAGAUCACUGCGUGGAUAAUUUGCAAUUACAGGCAAUAA